CGGUGACAUUAUGCGCAUGCACCUGAUAGAGGCUCUACUAAUAUAGAAGGGCUGUUGGGAAGAAGCUGAAAGGUGCAGUCCUAAUGACGUUGGUGGAAGAUAUGGUGACCAAAAGAUUCUACCAUAGAACUAGACGUUGAAUGGGCCAUCUGCCCGCUGGGAGACUCAGCAGCUGCACCAAACCCGGAAGUUCAUUACCCCUUCACACAUACUGUGCCCCAUUGUAUGUUCAGACGUGCCCUUUAUUCUGAG